AGGGGGGCUCGUUUGCCCUUUUGGAGCUCUUUGGGACUGCUUGAUUUGUUUGUUUUCGUCUCUCUCUCUCUCUCUCCCGCCCUCUCCUCCUCCGGUCUGGUUCCCCCCGCCCCUUCAUUAUUUUUGUGAAUCAAUCCUCUCUCUCUCCCCCCCCCACCCUGUUUGCUUCAUUUUGAUCUCAGCUGGGGUUGCUUGUGGGGAGACUUAAGGAAAGGAAAAGACUUUCUUUUAAGACAGGCAUCGAGAGAGAGAGAGAAGCAGCGGCAGCAAAGGAGAGAAUCAAUUGGGGAAGCCAGAGCAAAAGAAGGCGAGAGAUCUGCCUAGCUAAAGAGGCAGAGUUGUGUGUUUUUCGAUUGCUUCUCGGAUAUCUCCUCUCGCCUGCUGCCCCCUCCUCUUCCCCUAUCCGGGGGUAAACCCAGUCUCCUCCCAGUACCGAGCGAGCGAGCGAGCCAACUCCAUCCUUUGCAACUCCAGCCAUGGUAGGAAGGGCUCAGCCCGAUCGGAGACAAUUCCCGCUGGUCCUACUGAGAUUGCUCUGCCUUCUCCCUACAGGGCUGCCGGUCCGCAGCGUGGAUUACAACCGAGGCACCGACAACAUCACGGUGAGGCAGGGAGACACAGCCAUCCUCAGGUGUUUUAUAGAAGACAAAAGUUCCAAGGUGGCCUGGUUAAAUCGCUCUGGCAUCAUUUUUGCUGGACAGGACAAGUGGUCCCUGGACCCCCGAGUAGAGCUCCAGCAACUUUCUCUUCUGGAAUACAGCCUCCGGAUUCAGAAAGUGGAUGUUUAUGAUGAGGGGUCAUACACAUGCUCAGUGCAGACACUGCAUCAUCCCAGGACUUCACAGGUUUAUUUGAUCGUUCAAGUUCCACCAAAGAUCUCCAACAUCUCUUCAGAUGUCACUGUGAAUGAAGGUAGUAAUGUCACCCUGGUGUGUAUGGCAAAUGGACGUCCUGAACCAGUCAUUACCUGGAGACAUCUCACUCCAACAGGCAGGGAAUUCGAAGGUGAGGAAGAGUUCCUGGAGAUUCUGGGGAUUACACGGGAGCAGUCGGGCAAGUACGAGUGCAAAGCUGCAAACGAGGUGUCCACAGCAGACGUCAAGCAAGUCCGAGUCACUGUGAAUUACCCUCCAACUAUCACAGAAUCAAAGAGCAAUGAAUCUGCUACAGGACGACCAGUUUCACUGAAGUGUGCAGCCUCUGCUGUACCUACGCCUGAUUUUGAAUGGUACAGAGAUGACACUAGGAUAAAUAAUGCCAAUGGUCUGGAGAUCAGGAGCACAGGGAGCCAAUCUUUCCUAACAGUGGCCAACGUCACUGAAGAACAUUAUGGCAACUACACCUGUGUGGCUACCAACAAACUGGGAAUCACAAAUGCUAGCCUAUUUCUUUACAAGAAAAUAUUACCUACACUCCCCAAUCCUUUUCCAGGACCCGGUACAGGGAUAGCAGGCAAUGGAUCAAUGUGUCUGGCCGUACCACUGUGGCUCUUGGCAGCGUCCCUGCUCUGUCUACUCAGCAAAUGUUAAUAACAUCCGAAUUUUAAAAAAAGGAAAAAAAAUAAAAACCCAGCAACAACAAGAACAACACACAAAGCAAAACAAAAACAAGUGUCAUACAGGAGACAGAGCAAGAGAGAG